AUGGCGUCUAAUAUAGAAGUAGAACGUUUAAGCCAGCACUUCUGUAUGUUAAUCAAGAACAGAAAGAACAGAGGAAAUGGUGCUCUUGCAGAACAUUCUGAAAAUGUGCAUAUUUCAGGAGUGUCACCUGCGUGUGGAGAAACUCCAGAACAGAUCCGAGCACCAAGCGGUGUGAUCACCAGCCCAGGCUGGCCUUCUGAGUACCCUGCCAAGGUCAACUGUAGCUGGCUCAUCAGGGCGAACCCAGGGGAAAUUAUUACUAUAAGUUUUCAGGAUUUCGAUAUUCAGGGGUCCAGAAGAUGUAGUUUGGACUGGUUGACAAUAGAAACAUACAAGAAUAUUGAGAGCUACCGAGCUUGUGGUUCCACAAUCCCACCGCCGUACAUUUCUUCACAAGACCACGUCUGGAUCAGGUUCCAUUCCGAUGACAGUAUCUCGAGAAAGGGUUUCAGACUGGCAUAUUUUUCAGGGAAAUCCGGGGAGCCAGGCUGCGCGUGCGACCAGUUUCGCUGUGGAAACGGGAAGUGCGUCCCCGAGGCCUGGCGGUGCAACAGCAUGGACGAGUGCGGGGACGGCUCGGACGAGGAGGCCUGUGCGAAGGCCGCGCCCCCCACGCCCGCCCCCUCCCAGCCCUGCGCCUACAACCAGUUCCAGUGCCUGUCCCGCUUCACCAGAGUCUACACCUGCCUGCCCGAGUCGCUCAAGUGCGAUGGCAACAUCGACUGCCUUGACCUGGGCGACGAGAUAGACUGUGAGGUGCCAACUUGCGGGCAGUGGUUAAAGUAUUUUUAUGGCACUUUUAAUUCUCCCAAUUACCCGGACUUCUAUCCCCCUGGAAGCAAUUGCACCUGGUUAAUAGACACCGGCGACCACCGUAAAGUCAUCUUGCGCUUCACGGACUUUAAACUUGAUGGCACUGGGUACGGCGAUUAUGUCCGAAUAUACGACGGGCUAGAGGAAAACCCACACAAGCUCCUGCGUGUGUUAACUGCCUUCGACUCUCACGCACCUCUCACGGUUGUUUCCUCCUCUGGACAGAUACGGGUCCAUUUUUGUGCAGAUAAAGUGAAUGCUGCCAGGGGAUUUAAUGCUACCUACCAAGUAGAUGGCUUCUGUUUGCCCUGGGAAAUACCCUGUGGAGGCAACUGGGGGUGUUACACUGAGCAGCAGCGCUGCGAUGGGUAUUGGCACUGCCCAAAUGGAAGGGACGAGAUCAACUGCACCAUGUGCCAAAGGGAAGAGUUCCCGUGCUCCCGAAACGGCGUCUGUUACCCUCGUUCUGAUCGCUGCAACUACCAGAAUCAUUGCCCAAACGGCUCCGAUGAAAAAAACUGCUUUUUCUGCCAGCCCGGGAAUUUUCAUUGUAAAAACAAUCGCUGUGUGUUUGAAAGCUGGGUGUGUGACUCCCAGGAUGACUGCGGCGACGGCAGCGACGAGGAGAACUGCCCGGUGAUCGUGCCCACCAGGGUGAUCACGGCGGCCGUCAUAGGGAGCCUCAUCUGCGGCCUGCUGCUCGUCAUUGCGUUGGGCUGUACCUGCAAGCUCUACUCCCUGAGAAUGUUCGAGCGAAGGUCUUUUGAAACCCAGUUGUCCAGAGUGGAAGCAGAGUUGUUAAGAAGAGAAGCUCCCCCCUCUUACGGACAGCUGAUCGCGCAGGGUCUGAUUCCACCCGUUGAGGAUUUUCCUGUCUGUUCGCCUAACCAGGCUUCUGUGUUGGAGAACCUGAGGCUGGCCGUCCGAUCUCAGCUUGGACUCACUUCCAUCAGGCUUCCUAUGGCAGGCAGAUCCAGCAGCCUUUGGAACCGUAUUUUCAACUUCGCAAGGUCACGUAAUUCAGGGUCAUUGGCUUUGGUCUCGGCAGAUGGUGACGAGGUUGUCCCUAGUCAGAGUACCAGCAGAGAACCUGAAAGAAAUCACACUCACAGAGGUUUGUUUUCCGUGGAGUCAGACGACACAGACACAGAAAGUGAAAGAAGAGAUUCGGCAGGAGCAUCUGGCGGGGUCGCAGCUCCUUUGCCCCAGAAAGUCCCCCCCGCCACAGCGGUAGAAGCAACAGUGGGAGCAAGUGGAAGUUCCUCAGCUCAGAGCGCCCGAGGCGGCCACACAGAUAACGGAAGGGAUGUGACGGGUGCGGAACCCCCAAGUGUGAGUCCCGCACGGCACCAGCUCACAAGUGCCCUCAGUCGCAUGACCCAGGGGCUGCGUUGGGUCCGGCUCACACUGGGGCGGUCCAGCGCCCCCAGCCAGAACCAGAGCCCCUUGAGACAGCUCGACCCUGGGGUCGGCGGGAGGGAGGAGGAAGACGACGUUGAGAUGCUCAUUCCAGUUUCCGACGGGGCUGCGGACUUGGAUGCGAGCGACUGCUCCAGGCCUCUGCUUGGCCUGGCCUCCGACCAG